CUCCCUCCCUCUACUCCCCGGGUGGAUCUCCGGCCGCGGGGUUCGACCUCCCUUCGCUCUCCAUCCAGGCCGGCCCGAUGAGCACGUAGCCCCGGUUUGGGGCUCAGGCUCCGCGCUGCCUCAGCCGCUGCCUCCCCUCCCCUUCCCCGCGAGAGAGACGGGGUUCCCCGGCAUCCAGCCAGGGUUCUCCUCCUCCUCGCCCCAUCAUGGCAGUGGACAUCGAGUAUGGAUACGGCUGUGUGGCUCCCCCUUUGCGCCGGGACAGGUUUGCCUGCAAGAUCCUGCCCAAACCCACCAAGCCCCUGCGGCCUUGCAUUCAGCUGAGCAGCCAGAGUGAGGCCAACAGCCUCAUGGCCCCACUCGUCCAGGAGAAGAAGGCCAAAAAGCGUGUGUCCUUUGCAGAUAACCAAGGGCUGGCCUUGACCAUGGUGAAGGUGUACUCGGAGUUCGAUGACCCUUUGGACAUCCCGUUCAACAUCACGGAGCUUCUGGAGAACAUCGUGACCCUGACCACAGCUGAGUGCGAGAGCUUCGUCUUGGACUUUGAGCAGCCGUCUACCGACUACCUGAGCUUCCAGAACCGGCUGCAGGCCGACUAUGUCUGCCUGGAGAACUGUGUGCUAAAGGACAAGGCCAUCUCGGGGACUGUGAAGGUACAGAACCUCGCCUUUGAGAAGUCGGUGAAAAUCCGCAUGACCUUCGACACGUGGAAGAGCUUCACAGACUUUGAGUGCCAGUACGUGAAGGACACGUACGCGGGCUCGGACAGGGACACCUUCUCCUUCACCAUCAGCCUGCCUGAGAAGAUCCAGUCUUAUGAGAGGAUGGAGUUCGCUGUGUGCUAUGAGUGUAACGGGCAGACGUACUGGGACAGCAACCGGGGCAGGAACUAUCGGAUCAUCCAGGCGGAGCUCCAGGGCACGCAGAGCGGGGCGCCUCCCCAGACUGGGGCUGACUUGGGGAUCUCCCUGGAUCACUUCGGGAGUCCUCGGUGCUCCUACGGCCUGUACGCGGAGUGGCCGAGUUAUCUGGGAUAUGAGAAGCUGGGCCCUUACUAUUAGCGCCAUAGUGGGACGGAUGCUUGUUCUGUGAGAUUAUAGAUGUGCCUGGCUGGGGGCCCCUGUGCAUUAGGCCAAAGGUUUCUGGGCUCCUAGCAGCCUAGGAGAGAGACAGGAAAGGCAGACUGCCCCGGGGCACAGCUUUUCUUUGAAGGGUGCCGUUUGCUAGGAUACCAGCCAGUCCGCUCAGGAUUAUGUUCCCCAAACACAGGCAUUCACUCAAGGCGCAACCUAGCUACCUCUGGUGGCAUGCCGAGAGACUUGGUGCUGGAGACAGGCAGGACGGUGAGAGUGGGGGGCGUGGGGUGGGGUCUGGGUUGGAGUCAGGGGCCUUCUAGGGACCUCCCAAGACAAUAAUCACCAAACCAGGACAGGUUUACAAAGCGCUGUCUUCACCCGCGCCCUCCGAGGGAGAGGGUGUGAGUGAUUUUAGCCCCAUUUUACAGAGGAGGAAACUGAGGCUGUGAGAUGGGAAGUGGCUCACCCGUGGUCACUUAGCUGGGAAGGGUGGGAGUUGGGUUUCUUGACUCUCUCUCUGUCUGUCUAGCCCUUGUCUGCCACAUUCCGCUGCAGCUAGCAGCAGGUUUCAGGGGGCAUUGUGGCCUUCUCCAUGCAUUUCUUAAAGCACUAGGAAAUACGGCUUCCACAUGGGGGUGGGGGAUCAUUCCAGUCCUGCCUUCAGUGCUUGCUGCCCGCUCUGGGUUCUCUCCUGAUUCAUGCUGCUAUUCCUCACCUGACGGACACAGAACACUCACUUGGGCUGUCAGUGCUGUCGUUGGUUGCAUGCUGAUGGGGGCUCGAGGGAGUUUAUUUCCCAACACUGUUCCUCUUCCCUUCAGGAAAAACAGACAAAGUAGAGAAGUUUGAGACUAGCUCUUCUGCCCUCCCUCCCCUCUUCCUGGCCCGCCAUGGUCUGGGUGGCAGCGAGGCCCCGCCUUCCAAAGCCAGCGUCUUGGUCCCAAAGCAGUGUCUGUGGCUUUAAGUGGCUCCGUUUACCUGGUGAGCCAUGGGACGAAGCAUUGGUCCCUGUGAUUGGGCUCAUCUGUGGCCCAGUGCUGCCUGUUAUCUCAGCCUCUGUUGGCCAAGGUCAGUGAUCUCUGAGGAUUACACGCAGGAGAAUGAAGGGGGCAGCCGUGUCUUCCCGUCCUGCUGAAAUGGCCCCGGGGAUGGUUUGAGGAAUCCCUUCCAGGUCAACCUCAGUGCUGUAGAUGGGUUACUCCAGGUCAUCUGUAACUUCCUCCUUAAAAAGAAGGAGCCAGUUAUGGAGUUGGGCAUUUAGAGCUGGGGCCCUGGGUUCAAAUCCUGCCUCAGCCACUCGGGUGGCCUGGCAUGAGUCCAUUCAUAGGACUUAGAGCCAGAGACAUUUUUGGAGGCCCCAUCCAUCGCAUGCCUGAUGUCUCAUUGCUGGGAGGAGGCCAGGCUAGAGUUCAGGCCCACAUUCUUCCCAAGGUCUCUGGGCCUCAGUUUCCUGAUCUGUAACAUGGAUGGGGCUGCUCGUUUGUAACCCUCCCGGGUUCCUGGCACCUUGAACCUGCUCCUUUCCUUUGGGAGUGUGGCCUGGUCUGGACCAGAGCUAGAACUGGGAGGGGUGACUCAUACCCAGCCCCAGGAGGGGGACCACAGCUGCUGACCCAGCUAACUCAGCGAGGAGCAGCUGAAGGUGCUCAGGGCCAAGGGAGACGAGUGAGCGGUGGCUGCCCUGCCCUCUGCCUCCGUGAGCUAUGCAAGACUAGCCCUGUGCUGUAACCAGCACCGGAGGGGGAACUCCCAGGGGAGGAAAAUCCCUUUGCCAGUGCAACCAGCCCCUUCCUAUAGUGUCCUGUCUUACUGCCCAAGGAACGGAGAGGUUCAGUCCCUUGCCCCAGUCGAUGAGACAGGAAUAGAACCCAGGUCUUCUUGGCUUUGUCCCCACUGCCCAGCUCCCCCGAGGAGGGUGGAUCAAGUCCUAUAACUGAAGAGGGGUCGUCUUCACGUCCGUGAUGGGGAGCUCACUCCUCAAGGCAGUCAGCCCAUUUCCCUGUCCAGUUACUUAGGAAAUGAGGUCGACUGUCAUUCACAAGCCUCGUCCCCAUUCCCCUUCCUUGAUGCCCUUUCCAGGGCAGACGUGCCAGACCCAGUGCAGUAAGCCAGCCUGGUGACUCACUAGCUUUGGGCAGUCCCCGGGCAGAGGAAGCCCAGGUAAGAUUUUAAGGUAGAUUUAUAGUGGGGGGGGAGGUAGAGAAGGAGAUGGACACUCUCCUCUCUAGAAAUCAAACCAAUUCCUGAAGGAACACAGAAAGACCUUCUUUGGCGCCCCAGAUUCAGUGUCCAAGGUUGUCUCUGUGGGGAAGGACAGCCCCAGGACAAGGGGGUCUGGAGCUGGGCCAUCCCACGGGGACAGUGGCCACCCAGCCGGAGCCAUCAGGGAAGUGAGCAUACCCCAACGCGCGCUGGUGGGGCUGAGGCGAUGGCCCACCCGUGGGAGGUGUAGGGCGACAUGGAGGGCUAUCUCCCAGACAUGCGGUGGGACAGGGUACUUGUUAGCCCGUGUGAAUGGACAGCCCAGGAUUCUCCUCCGUGGUGUGCCUAACGUGCCUUGUUAAAGACGUUUCUGUGUGUUUUUCAGAAAAAAAGAUAUUUUUAUAUGCACAUGUUCCAGGGAAAUGCACUUUACAAUCAGGGAUGGCUCGACAGGUGGGCACCAAACUGUCUGUCAAAGAGACUGGGUUUUGUUUUUAAUCUGAAAAGUGAAAAGGCAAUAAAGCUUCUAAAGGAAACAUGA